UAGCAACGUAAUCACUCACAUAUCCCCCACAGCCACGUCCUGCGUAUCCGUAUCACCGCUCGCCCAUCUUUUUGUAUUAUGCUCACUAUUAUUCCUACUUUGUCGACGAGCAACAUCGACCAGCUUGCGCCACACUGAAACACCCAUUAUGACCCCGGGGGUCCGUCGCAGCGCCUCACGCAGACAGCCUACCCGACACAUUCCACAAUGCCAGACCAAUUACCCUCGAUCCGCAUCACCAACCCGCACAGCCAAGAUGCCAUACCCCUAAGCACGUCGCCAGCUCCGUCGACGCUGCCGCCCAAGGCCGGAGAGGAAGGAGGUCGGAGCGCGACACCAAGUUCAACGCGAUCGAAGGCGGGCGCGGCACCUGCAACGAAACCCCGGAGAGAUUCCAGCGCUUCCACGACGCAUCCUGCCAAUAAUGGCUCCGCCGAAGGUGCAGGGUCGGGGGCGCCCAUAGACCCUCUGUCGCAACAAAUAUUCAAACGCACCAACACCCCAACGGACGUCCUCAGACAGUUUGGCCCAUCCGGCGGAGACUCUACGAACAUCGCGCGACCCUACACUUCAGAUGGCUCGCCGGGGCCCAAGAGUAUCAGAGAUGUGUCGAAAAGCGAUACGAUAUCCAUAGCAUCAAAGGACAAGAGGAAAGGAGUGUCAUUCCUUAGUCGCAUAAUGGGCAACAAGAAAAAGGACGAAGACAUUAGCGCCAACGAAGAAGAACUCGGCCAAUUCCGACCCGAAGGUAUGGACGCAGAGCUCUUCUCGCAGCCGAUAGACAAUGUCGGGUUCAAUCCGCGGCAUCCGCAACCACCGGAUUACAUCAAGAUUCGCUCAAGGUUUACGACGGAGAGGAACUUUGACCAUGUUUUUGUCGCGCAGGAAUUGCGCGCGAAACCACAACCGCAGGAAGGGCAAAGGCCAGCUACGAGCGCGGGACCGGGUGCGGCCAAUCGCCAGUUAAUGGGCCAGAACCCUGUGUGGGCGCUGGAAUUCAGCAAGGACGGAAAAUAUCUCGCAGCAGGGGGACAGGACAAAGUCGUGCGCGUCUGGGCUGUCAUCUCAACGCCUGAGGAGCGGAGAUCACAUGAAAUGUCUGAGGAAGCGACGCCAGGGACCUUCGGAGGCCAAGGGCUUCGUUUGCACGCUCCGGUCUUCCAGAACAAAACAUUCAGAGAAUACACUGGGCACGAGUCGACGAUCCUAGAUCUGAGUUGGAGCAAGAACAACUUCCUCCUGUCAUCGUCGAUGGACAAAACCGUAAGACUGUGGCAUGUCAGCAGGUCUGAAUGCCUCUGCACCUUUAAACACGCUGAUUUCGUUCCAUCGAUCCAAUUCCAUCCCAAGGACGACCGGUUCUUCCUAGCGGGAUCGCUGGACGCCAAACUCCGCCUUUGGAGCAUUCCCGACAAAUCCGUUGCCUUUUGGAACCAGUUACCGGAGAUGAUCACGGCAGUGUCAUUCAGCCCGGACGGGAAAACUGCGAUAGCGGGUACGCUGAGCGGAUUAUGUUUAUUCUACGACACGGAAGGGCUCAAGUACCAAACGCAAAUCCAUGUCAAGUCCUCCCGUGGAAAGAACGCCAAGGGGAGCAAGAUUACGGGCAUUCAGGUGAUGCAUUUGAGCGGAGAAGCCGACAUUACCGACUUAAAAAUGUUAGUUUCGAGCAACGACUCUCGCGUUCGUCUGUACAGCUGGCGUGACAAAAACCUCGAUAUCAAGUUCCGGGGCCAGCAGAACAAUUUUAGCCAAAUCCGAGCGAGCUUCAGCGAUGACGGUAGGUUCGUCAUCUGCGGCAGCGAGGACCGGAAGGCAUAUAUUUGGACAACUGGUCCUACAGACAGCGAGAACCAGAAUCGGAACCAGCGGCCAGUGGAGAUGUUCGACGCGCAUUCCUCAAUCACCACAUGCGCUAUCCUUGCCCCGACGAAGACACGCCAGCUGCUUAGCAAUUCGGAAGACCCUCUGUACGAUACCUGCAACCCACCUCCCGUGACGCUUGUGAGCAAGGCGGAAUCAGUCAGCUCGAAGGCGGCAUCCGUCAAGGGGGAUACUCUAGGCACACCGGCUUCUCACAAGUCGAGUUUCAGGAAGCUUCAUGAGACCCCUGCAUAUGCCGCGCGUUCAACACAUCCCGACGGUCAAAUUAUCGUCACGGCAGACUAUACUGGGCAGAUCAAAGUCUUCCGGCAAGACUGUGCCUAUGACAAGCGGCGCAAUGACAGCUGGGAGACAUCCUCCGUCUUCUCCAAGCGGACGAUGGGCUCGUCUAGAGCAAGGUCGAACUCGACCAAGACAAAAGCCAGCGCUAGAUCACGGCGUGACUCGACCGCGACGACUGCGACAAUGCCGUCGGCCGACCGCAUUCUGUCCUGGCGCCAACAUAUCGGGGGCGGUGGCAGCACAGACAACAAGAGCGCAAAGAGUGUCCGGAGCGCGUCGCCGAGCAAAUUCUCUGUCGCCUCUUCGGCACGCUCGUCACACGCUCGCGUCGAUGGAGGUUCUCCCCUGGUAAAGGUGACGACGAACGAGGGGGUGACGACGAGUGAGGGGAGGAGGCCCUCGGCCGCUGUGUCGGAGCCUGUGAUAUCCCCCCCUCAUGGCCUCAUGAGUCCCGACAGUCCCAGCAGCAAAGCCAACCCGCUCAUGAUCCACGGCGGGCAGUCGUACGCGUUCUACAAUCCGGCGACAUGGCGCAACCAAUUGGAAAAUAAUAAGAAGAACCUGCAGCCGCCGCUGACCAAGAAGGCAAGCUAUGUUAGCCGUCUUAGCAGCGAGGAGAGCAGCGCGGUGGAGGGUGAGGAGCAGGAGGUGACGUGCAAAGAGUGCGGGGGCACGGAGUUCAAAGCCAUUGCGCGGAUUGACGAUGAGGGCCACACGCUUUUAUGCACGCAAUGCGGCGUGCCUACGUCUUGAGGAGAUGCACUGGAUAGCGGAUAUUGGAUGGUGGGCAUGCUUGGAUGGUGUGCUAUGGAAACAUGGAUGGAUACGUGCUUGGUGGUUCAAACGUCACUUAGAGACCUGUAUAGUGGUAAUGUCUGUCAACAACCCUUGAACGAUGGAAGC